AGCACAGCAGCAGCAGCAGCAGCGACGGCGCACGGAGGCCUCGGCAACCCCUCAGUGCGAGAGCCGCCGCGGACGCCGUCGCACCGUGUGACCGCGCCACCAGUAGCAGGCCGCGCCGCGACCAGGGCUUUCUCCGUGCGCCUUGCCUCCCUUCGCUCGCCCGGCCGUGCCGAUUCGCAGCGCGAGCGCUCGUGAUGCCCGAGACAGUGUCCCGCCAGCGCGACGAGGAGCACCGCCCGCGCGCGCCCGCGCUGGACUCUCCGCGCGAAUGACCAUUCGAUUGCUCGAGCGCACCCACGCACACGCGAGGGCCAGGCGCGCGACGGGCCGCGACCGGUUGACCGCCGGUGCGCGCCACACCCGGGGCCAGCGCCGCCCGACCGAGACCCGCACCGCCCGCUCCUACGCCGCGAGCCCGGACUCGGCUUGCCUGCUCGUCUCCUCCGCGUUCGAUGUGCCUGUGAACGCGACGCCAGUUCGACGUGCGCGUGUGUGCUGCCUCGUGUGUUUUUGUGUGUCAUGUGAUUGUCGCUCGGGGUGGUGGAACACCCGCGCCUGCCGACGACCGUACGGACGGAGGAGAGGACAUUUCGGACUGCGAGCCUUUGAUUGAAUAUUGGAUCCUGUCUUAUACCUUCAGCUACGUAAAAAAUUGAACGUCGAUGAAAGGUCGAGCUUGCGCUUGCUGUGGCUCUCCGAGCCGUCGCUACGCCGCCGGGUGCCCCAGGAGCCGCGCCUCUCGCGGUAGGAUGACAUAGAAUGGGUUGGGCGGCGCUAGGGCGGCGUGCGGGUGGUGGCGGCCGCUUCUCGCCAAUCCUCUCGCUGUCUCUCGCCUCCCUCGCGAGCUCCCUGAUACUCGUCGUGCUCUGCCUGCUCACGUCGGCGAUCACCCUUGCCACCUUCAUCAAGGCCGAAGACAUCUUCGAGGAGGGCAAAUCGGACAAGGAGAUCUUGGAUAAUCUGCUACUGUCGACGCGUUACGACAAGCGUCUGUUGCCACCGGUGCAAGAUGCGGAUUUCUGCUGCGGGAUGCGCCGGCCAGGAGACGCGCUCGACGCUGCCGCAUCCGCCGCGACGGACGGCUCCUCUGCGUCUCCGGCAUCUCCGGCCAAGACCAAAAACAUCUACACGCCGCACCAACACCUACGCACUCACCUUCGCGGUACCUUGACUGUCAACGUUAGCGUGCUGCUGCUUAGCCUCGCAUCACCGGACGAGUCUAGCUUGAAGUACGAGGUGGAGUUCCUGCUGCAGCAGCAGUGGUACGACCCGCGACUGCGCUACAGCAAUCGCUCGCGCUACGAGUUCCUCAACGCCAUUCACCAUCACAACGACAUCUGGCUGCCCGACACCUACUUCAUCAUGCACGGUGACUUCAAGGACCCGCUGAUACCCGUGCACUUCGCCCUGCGCAUCUACCGCAACGGCACCGUCAACUAUCUCAUGCGGCGCCAUCUCAUACUCUCCUGCCAGGGCAGGCUCAACAUAUUCCCCUUCGACGACCCGCUGUGCUCGUUCGCCAUCGAGAGCAUCUCGUACGAGCAGACGGCGAUAACGUACGUCUGGAAGAACGACGAGGACACGCUGAGGAAAAGCCCGAGCUUGACGACCCUCAACGCUUAUCUCAUACAAAAUCAGACCAUCACCUGUCCGAUCAAGGCCAGCUGGAGAGCUGACGGACAGAUGAUCGUCGACCUCGAGGACGAGUUUGACGAGUUCGGGGACUCGAAGUGCUCGCUGUGCCAGCGCAGGUUUGAGGAGCAAGGUAACUAUAGCUGCCUGAAGGUGGACCUGAUAUUCACGAGGGACCGAGCCUUCUACUUCACCACGGUCUUCAUACCGGGGGUGAUCCUGGUGACCAGCUCGUUCAUCACUUUCUGGCUAGAGUGGAACGCGGUGCCAGCACGCGUGAUGAUCGGUGUGACGACCAUGCUCAACUUUUUCACCACGUCCAACGGGUUUCGCUCGACGCUGCCGGUCGUCUCCAACCUCACGGCCAUGAACGUCUGGGACGGCGUCUGCAUGUGCUUCAUCUACGCCUCGCUGCUGGAGUUCGUCUGCGUGAACUACGUGGGCAGAAAGCGACCGCUGCACAACGUCGUCUACCGCCCCGGGGAGAAUCCCGUGACUCAGCGGCUACCAGCGGUGCUCAACAGGAUAGGAAUAAUAUUGGCCAGCCCCUUGAAGAGGGAACCCGGCGGAUCGCAAGCUCCCGGUAGUGGUGCUGGACCCAACGAGAUUGUCACCUGUACCAAUUGCGGCCCAAAUCCAUGUACUCAUGCGGCCAACAAUGGAUGCGCCGCCGAGGUGAGAAAGAAAGAGCCGCCACAUCCGAUCCGAGUAGCGAAGACGAUCGACGUGAUAGCGAGGAUUCUCUUCCCAGCGGCGUACGCGAUAUUCUUGGCGUUCUUCUUCAUCCACUACAAGAGCGUUUCCUAGGGCCAAGCCUUCCAGGCUUACGCCGAGGAGUUGUCUCUCUCACCUUAAAUCAAGAACAUCAUCGCGUUAAGCCCGGAAGGAUAAACAAACAAAUGAACAAAAUGUAACCCUCGAACGACGACACAACUAAUUCUCAUUUGGAAAAUGGAAAACAAAGAGCCGAUAUAAUACAGUGUGUACAUAUAAUGAGGGUCGUUCGCAGAAACCUCGAAAACAUGAAUAUAUUGAUUGCGUGCGACUUUUUAAAAAAAACAAUGGUUACGUACUGUAUAUUUAAUAUAAUUUUUAUUAUAAAAAAAAAACAAAUCACGAUCGACAAAAAAGAGUGUGAGCUGCUAAUGCCCAAGGGAUUGUGAUUUUUGCGAUUAUUGUUGUUGCUGUUGAUUAACUCAUUGUUACAGAAGCUCAGCGACAACUCAAUAUUUAAUUAUACAUACACACUCACAAGAAAAAUAAAAAGCGUACUUAUUACUUAAAUAACGAUAAUAUUAUACAUGUAUAGGUGAGAAAGAGAUACGAUGAUGCACCAAUUGCGCCAACAUUCUCGAUUAAUUGUAAUAGGUGAUAAUGAAAGUAUGAAGAAAACGAAGUGCUUUCGGGUUCGAUUGUGCGAUGUAAUGGCACUGAAAUAGGCAAAGGUAUAGGAAAAUUCGACAAUUAUGAAAAGACAUGAUGAACUAACAAGUCGCGUAAUUUUUCACACAUAAUAUACAAAAAAGUAAUAUGGUCUAUGACGGGCAUGGGGAAUUCAAUAUUAUUGUAUACAUUCUACAUAUUCUGCGCGCGUUAAUGAUCGCAGGUAAUGGCAAAAAAAUAUUUUAGAAUAUAUAUUGCUGACAUUGUUAGAGAAGUAAGGUAUAAAAUAAGCGCGUGAUUACACGAAUAUUGAAACAAGUCCACGGGGAAAAAGGAAAAUACAAGCUUUCACGAGUUGUGAUAAGACACGUGCAAGAGGCGUGCAAUGGAAUGAGUAAGCUCGAUGAUUUGUGCUAAUACGUAAUAUCGUUCCUCGCGCGCUGUACCGCAAGCUCCAUUGUCGAGCGAACCAAUCAACAGAAGAGAGGGAAACUCGAUACCGCGCGGGAUAGAAUUGUACAUUAGUUAAAAGUAUUGUUAUUCCGGUACACUUUCGUCGCGCGUCAUUCUUUUAUUUUCAUUCAAGCUUGCGCGACGAUCAGUUUUCAUUUUUCUCCGCGAUAGUCCAAACGAAAAAAACCAUAUAUGAGUAAGCUUAUCGGAUCGGUGAGCCGUAUACCGGGAAUUUUCGACGUUAAUCGAAUAAAAACACUAGGCAAAAAAUAAUCAUUUACAAAAGAUAAAAAAAAGAAAAAAAAUAAAGAAUGUGUUCUUCUCACUUUUUUCAAUUUCACUCUAUAAGGGCAUAUACACACAGACACACACACACACACGCAUGGUUUAUGUAAUGGUUGAUGAUUUGAUUCUUUUGUGCAUUGCAUUCCUAAAUUUCAAAGCACUGCCGUCGAAAUUGGAAAAGAAAUUUUUUACAUAGAUUGAUGCUUCUUUUGGUCUCUCAAUUAAAUUUUACAUAUACUCAAUGUCGAAUGCUAUAUAAGCCUUGAUUUUUUAUUGUAAGGCUUUUUAUACAUACCGAUUUUCGUCGUACAAAUUAAUUAUUGUUAUAUGAAAAGCACACGAAUUUGCUCUUUUUGGGAUCUUUCAUUAUUGAAAUUAUAUAUGGAAAAUUCGCUUUAAUCGAAUCGUAGGGCUGUAGUUCAUGACAAGUUUGUGCAUUAUAAACGUAAGAAUUUUCAAAUCGUCGUAGAAUCUAUCGUAUUAAUAAAUAAAAACAGAAUUAUUAAUAGAUAAUACUGCAUCGGAGAAUACGUGUAUAAUAAUGAAGAAAAUUAAAUUUUAAGAAUUUCCUUAUAACUGGAGCAACGAAUAUUUAUUGCAUAAAUACAAAUUUGCUGGAAACGCGACAUGCAGAGAUUUUUCCACGUUCGUCUCAUUAGCAAGAAAAAAAAAAGAUGUAUUAAGACAAGUUAUUAUUACAAUUUAUAACCGAAUGGAUGGAAUAUUUAAGAUUGCAUUAGAUUCGAAACUCUGACGAUGACGGCUCGUGCAGAUGAAAGAAAAAGCUUAUAAAUCGAACAAAAUGCCUACCCACGCAGUACAACAAUGUGCUAAAAAGUAAUGCUACGACAAAAUUAUAUUUUUCAAAUAUAAAUCGCCUAUUUUAAUUCAUAUAAAUUGCGAUAAAACUUUUAGCGUGAAAUUUUUCAUCGCGGCUAAGAAAAGACGCAUAUUGGAGCGAGGAAAAACAGAAAUUGAAAUACAAUUGUUGGCGUUGCGAAUCGGUUGAUCUUUGAGAAGAGCAAAAAAAACAAUACAGAUUUUAUUACAAUACAAAGUUAUGUGAAAAAAACACAUUAAAGUGAUGAUCGAUUAAUGGAAAAAUUUUAUAUUCAUCGCGCUAAUGAGUGCAAAGUCCCUUAGGUGAUAAAAAAAACGCUAACUCAUGAUAAAUGUUUCUGAAAAAAUAAGUAAAGAAUGCUCCACGGACCAAAGUCACACAUUAAUCCUAAAUAUAAUACGGGGAAGUCUAUAAUAAUAUAUUGUAUUAGCUGCACUUAAAAACAAAUGAGAAACAACAUAGGCUGUGGCCCACCACGUGAAUCCUAAGAAAUAUAUUGAAUAUAUAAAUAUAAAUAUACUUUUACAAGCUUGCACGUUAUGAUACUCACGAUCGUGUUAUCAGAAUAUAAGAAAAUACGUAUAUCGCAGGCAUGCACGUAGUCUAUAUAUCUGUAUAUAUAUAUGAAAUCUAGUCAUCCGUAAAGUAUUACAGAAAAUAUGUUAACUAGUUGUGUUUCGAAGAUUUUUUUUUGUCAUGUAAUAUAUAUUUUAAAUUUGUUAGUUUUGGGUUUUUAGAAAAUUGGUUGUAUUUGUAUAUAUUCAUUGAAGCAAUUUACCAAUUGACUGUUAUUCUUUUCUGUUUUGUUCAUUCAUUGCUAUUACAUUGAACGGUGCGAUUAUGUACAUGCCUGUCUUUUGCUAUACUUAUAAGCGUUUUCAAUUCAGUGUAUCUGUAAUAAAUAAUAAACUUUUAGACGCAUACACUGAAAACCUGAUCAAAUAUAUUUAAAAAGCAGAAAAAAAUUAUUAAGAAAGAUUUUCUAUAUAAUUCGUUAAAGAACAAAUGAUAUAUAUCUAUGUAUACGUUUUCAUCAUGCUACAUAAUGUUUAUACAUUACGAAAUAUUAGAAACGUUUAAAAAAAUAUUGCAAAAAACGAAUAUAGCAACAACAGCAAAAAAUAUUUAGUAUGAAUUAUUGAACUUAUAACGAAUAUGCAUCGCCGAUCAUUGCAUGAGCAAAACUUCUUCACCCAUCCUAGGCUUAAACAAAACUUUUUCGCAUUCAAAGAAGAUCCUCAUCGAGCUAGAGCCAUAUUAUCAAUCCGUACUAUUGAUUUUUCGUUUUGUGUAUACAUUACACUGUCAAACGCGAGGCGAUUAAGCAAUAGAUUAAUUUAGCCGACAAGUGCGUGAAACGCCGCUGUGCGGUUCGAACAAUUAUACGAUUCCUCUUUCCGACUACAUGCUCGUUAUUCUAUUUUUUUACGACAAAAAUUGACGCUUCAUACAAAUUACGUUCUAGGAGCAAUGGUGUAACGAUGAAACGAGCUUUACGAGCCGCUUCGCAGUUGAGCGCUCCCCUUCUCGUCGUUCCAUGUCGGCCGUUGCCAGGCUGGAAGCAUGCGCAGAAUUUGCCUACUGUAAUGCUCGGUUUUCUUUGUUAUCGAGGUGCUAGUGGCGGCUGAUGGGUUGAGUUGAGCCGCGGGAUCGAGAGCAGCAAGAGAGAAGAGGAAGGAAAGAGAUAGAGAGAGAGAGAGAGAGAGAGAGAGAGAGAGAAACAGAGAGACAGAGAUGCGUGUGCUCGUCGGGCCCGUAGGAUGCAAGCCAGAGGGAAAGAGAGCGCGCGAAUGCAUCGUUGAUGUAAGAGUCCGUGAGUAUACUAGUUAUCUUGGGUCCCAGGUAAACCACAGUGCCACAUACCGGGGAACCGGCUCGCGCCCUAUCCGGUCGUUGGGGAAUUAGGAGCACCGGACCCUAAGUGUAUCCAGCUUUCACCAAUAGAGAGCGUCAUCGCCAACAGCCCAUCAUUAUCGCCGACGGUGAUUUCUCUCUCUCUCUCUCUCUCUCUCUCUCUCUCUCUCUCUCUCUCUCUCUCUCUCUCUCUCUCUCUCUCUCUCUCUCUCUCUUCUCUCUCUCUUCCUCCUCUGAAUCAGGCCUGCACUCGGACGCCGUCCUAUGUCGUAGCGCUCGCCGAGCAUUGAUGCUGUAGAGCAGCUGUAAACCAUGAACGGGCCGGCACCUUUACCACGUCGACGCGACCGUCGGGCAGUUAAUUUACCAACGGUCGCACGUAUAUUCGGCAUUGCGCAAGUGCGCGUGGUUUUAUUUUAUUCCGCUGAGGCAGCGGCCUCCCAAUUUUACAUGUAAGCCGGUAACGUAAGUCGAGUCGUUUGUCGGAAAUAAAUUGUUUAUUUUGUAAUUCUUGUGUCAACCUCGCUUACUGUCCGUCCCUCCACCUGCAUGCGACUCUCUCCAGCGUUCGGUUGCUGCGUUCGCCCGACGCUACAUUAAGGCGGUCUCUUCGCCUCCCUCCUCGCGCAAUAAAAGAAUUAGUAACGAGAAGCCACAGGCUUCAGCGAAAUUCUGCGAACAUGGCUUAACCGUUACAAUGGUUUGAUUAGUAGUAUACAGCAAUAAUGGAAAAAAAUGGAAUUUCUUUUCUCCUAAGUAAAAAUUAUAAUACGUAAAAAUGCAUAUUACCUAAAUGUAAUCUACUCGAACGUUAUUGUAAAUAAAAAACGAAUUCUAUAUAACUUUUUUGAAUUAUAAUCUAACAUUUCCAGCGUUUUAUCCUCGAAAAAACAACACCCAUAGUCAUCAGGCAAUCUCGAGUCGGCGAAACUAUUGUAAAUAAAUAAAUAAAAUAGAGACAACAAAUUUAUUGAAAACUAUCUUCAAAGCAAAAAAGAAGUAUCACGUUUUAGCAUCACGUAGAUAGAGACAGAACGAGCGAUACGGAAGUCAAAGAAAAACGCCGAGAGAGAUAAAAAUGAUUAAAAAUCAAAACAAAAAAAACAAAAAAGAAAACAUGUUUGAAAUAAACUGAAUCU